UCAGCCCCUCUAACAGCAGUCCUCCCGAAUUCCCCCCGCCGCGACCCAUGCCCAGACAUCCCUGGCAGCGAUCGGCCAGUUGCCGCGAACUGUACGCUUCUAGCUUCGAGGAUUCAGGGAAAGCUCGAUCAAAGGACGAGAAAGCGUCCGGCGAACAGAAUUCCUUCGAACCGUUCCGUUUGCCUUCUCAAGGCGAGCUAGACAAUCCGGUGACGCGUUACGGCGAGGAGAGUAAUCGUUCGUACAGCGCGGCUAGCUCGAAAUUACCCUCGCUCGAUCACGACUCGGUGCCCGAUCGAGUGUACAGUAGCUCGUACCCGGGUACGUCAUCGCUCUCCACCGAGUCAGGCCACGAGGAGUCUGGCCCGGCGGCGGAUCUUUCGCACGACGAUCUCUCCCACGAUUCGUACGAGCUUCUCGAACGCGAGCACGAAUUUGAAUAUCCUGAAUCGUACUCGAGCCCACGGGACGACGACGAGGAGGAGGAAGAGAACGGUGGCGCGAUAUCGGACCGUAGCGACCAAGGAAUCGAGCACGAGAUGUUCCAAAUGGACUCCGAGACCGAUUCCUUCGUCAAGCACAGAUCGAUCAAAUCGUCGGACAAGCAACACUUCAAAUCCGUGCUCGUCGAUCUAAAGAACGCGAGGGCAAAGUCAAUCGAUCGGUACUCGUCGGUCACCGCUGCCAACAAAUCCGUAGACGGUGAUUACGUGACCGUAGAAUCUAGAAUACAACGAUCUAGCACGCAGAUCGAACGAAAAUUCGAGACGCGACACGUUAAUUCGGUAGAUCAAACGCAGCCGCCACAAUCACAGCCCCAACAACAACAACAACAACAACAACAGCAAAGUAAAUAUCUUCCUGUUUCGCAUCAGGAUUCCGCGAAGAAAGAUCCGGUCGUGUUACAGGUACAGAAACAAAAGAUGUCGAUGCUUAACGAGUUGAAAAAUUUCAAGCCUAAAUAUAAGAUCACUCACGUAGAUUCGGAGGUAUUGCGAGACGAGGGUAUCAUGCGUCCGAAAUCUAGGAUAGACGACGAUUUGAGCCCGGUCGACGGUACCGGCAAAUCGAUCGCGGAUCAUCAGAGAGCCAGGACGGUUAGGGCGCGUAGCAUAGCGAGUUUGGAGGAUCACGUGUCGAGGGUGUACGUGGAAACUGGUAGCUUAGGGCGCGGGGGACACAACAAGGCUAGGGAAAGAAAAUCGAAUCGCGAAAGCGACGCGAAGGUCGUCAACGAGAAGACGUCGUCCAAGUCGCAAGAGAGAGCGAAAGGAGGUGGGGAGGGUCACGGGAAAAAGUUGGAGAAAAUGGAUUCGAGGGAUCGUAAAUCGGACGGACACGGUCGUCGUAGCGUGGAUCGAAUAGACAUCCGGGAACUGCGACGAAGCAUCGAAAGGCUGGACGUACGCGAGAGGAGUUACGAACGAUUGGACUCGAAGGAGAAGUCGUUCCGUUACGCGGAUCGUUACGAGUGGCGAGGGAAGAGCGUGGAGCGUUUAGAUUGUCAGACGCUUCGAGGUAGCACGGAAUACUUGAACAGAAGUCCGAAAGAGAAGACCGGUCAUCGGCGUUCCGAGUCGAAGGAACGUCGAGAGAGAAGCGUGGAACGAUUAGACUCGAGAGAGAAGAGGAAGAGUCCAGGAAGCAAGAGCAACACCCCGAUCGACUACAAUCAAAGGCACACCUUGGAGCGUUUCGAUUCCGGCAACAGGAGUCCGUUCGAGCGUAUCUCCGUGAAGAAACACCGAGGGAAGAGCGUGGAGAGGUUGGACUCGCAGGAGAAGCCCACUUUUGACUUCGACCCUGUCACGAUCGAGCGUCUGAAGGGCUUGGAGCGUAGCAACUCGAAGGACAACAGACACGAUCGAAAGUCGGAGUCGAGAAACGAGCGGAGACACACGGAGCGGGCUGAUUCGCGGGAAAGAAAGUACCUGGACCGAUUCGACUCGAGGUCGAGCGGCAGGAGUCUCGAGUGUAUCGAGCAGGAGAUAUCCGAGUGGAGGCGAAGCAGCAUCGAGAGGAUCGAGUACAAGGAUUCGAGGAAGAGUGUCAAGGCUCGAGCGGAACGGGGCAAGUCGGAGGAGAAGCCUCGGGAGAGGGACGACUGGAGGAGUUUAGAGAAAGCGCGAAAGGACGAGGAGAAACGUGAGCGGGAGCGAGAGCGGGAACGGGAACGGCAGGCGAGGCUGUCGAUCGAGUCGAGAACGGACACGGUGAUCGGAGUGCCUAUGGAGAUGGAGAGCUUCAAAUCGAAGACGGUGUUCACCGAGUACGAGCCGAAAAUCGUCGGAGGCGUGGUGCUGGGCUUCGACGACACGAUACCGGGUCACACCCCUGUCGAGCGCACCAAGAGCGACCCGAAUCCCGCGCGACAGCGCCUCGGCUCCAACAGCAAGCGACACAUACUGAUGCAUCAGAAGUCGAUCGACUUAACGCCGGCCGAUUCCGGGGACGAGGAUCCGUUCUCCGACAGCGCGGCUAUGCAAAAGACCAACAUAGAGAUACCUUACACGCUGCACAAGCGACACGUGAUGAACGGCACCGCGUCCGACGACAAGUCCGAAUCGGACAGCGGGAAAACCUCGAAGAAAGUUACCGGUUCCGUUCGCGAUUUACCUAAACUACCCCUCAAGAUGAUCACCGACAUUUCCUGUUUCGAUUUGUCCAAGUUGUCCUCGAUAGACAAGACCGGCAGCAAAGUGUCACCGGAUAAAGCGAAAAGCGCGACGAUCACGCCGACGAGACCGAAAUCAAUCCUGAGUCCAUCGGAUAAGCCGAAGAGUAUUUUGAGCCCUACGUCGAAAUUGUCACCGACCGACGCGAAGAACGUGAUCUGCAGUUUCUCGCCCAGUAACAGAAGCCCUUCGAUCGAGCCGAACGUGACGAUCGUUUCGCCGUUGGAGAAACGGUCGCCGAAGGUCUCCCCCACGGACCCGAACGUCACGAUCGUGUCGGUGUUGCAGAAGAAACGUUCUCCGGAUGCGUCGAAGAGCAGCGUGAUAGGAACGCAGAGAUCGUUCGACUCGAGGACGAAAGCGUUCAACUUCGCCGACGUGGUCGGAAUGGAGAUGAAGCUGAAGCUGGAGCGUAAAGCGAAGUCCGAGGUCGAGAAAGACAGUUUGAAAACGCCGGACGAUAGUCUGGAGAAGCAGGACAGCAUCGAGAAGAUACCAUUGCCGGAGAUCCCUAUGCCGAAACCAAAGGUUCCCGAGAAACCAAAGAUUCUCGAGAAACCAAAGAUUCCCGAGAACCCAAAGACUCUGGAAAAGCCGAGCAUUCCGGAGAAGACGAAGCGGAUCUUGGAGAAGAUGGAAUCAAAAUUCUCGGCGAUGAAGAUGGCCGGGCCGAAGAUCAUCGACACGGGCUUCGACGAUUUCGUCGACCCGGUCGCUGAUCUGCCGUUGGACGAGGUGCCCGUGAAGCCUGUGUUGGAACUGGACAGCUUGAAGGUUCCCGAGUUCGUUCCUUUCAUGUCGAGGCCGCACGGCGAGCCGUUGCGCUCCAAGUCAUUGUCGUUGGCCGAGGAGAAGGCACCGAUCGACACGUUGCUCUCGCCGGAGGUGGAGAACAAGCACUUCGUCCCGGACGUGUCGCCGAAGAGGGCGAAAAAGGCGAAGCCGGAGCCGAAGAAGGAUUUCAAGAAGCAGUCGAAAUCUUUGGAAGGGGAUAAGCCUCCCCUGAAGAAGGCCGGCUCGAAGGAGGCGCGUACACCGACGGCCAGUUCGAAGAUCGACAAAUCGAAAUUGAAACUGGGAGAGAUGCCACAGGAGAUCAUUAUAAUCGACUCGACGGACGUUGCGCCGGAAGUGAGCAUAGUUCAGAAGGGUAGGUCGAAGUCUGUCGGUAGACUGUCGGAGAAGGCGUACUCGACGCCGUCCAAGGAAGAGAAAGAGGAGAGCAAGAGCGGUCGGACGAAGUCUGCUUCGGUCGACGACGAUACGAUCAAGACAGCCGCGGUUGUCACGAAGACCGAGAAGUCUAGACCGAAAUCGUUGGGCAUUUCUAAGAGUCUGGGCAGUACCGAGAAGAAGGAUUCCGUGGAGAAGAUCUCGCCGAAGAGAACUAUCGUCUCGAAAGCUUCCUCUUCUAGAAGCGAGGCAAGAUCUCCGACUUCGUGCAAAGAGCCGCCUAGACAGCGAGAUCCUAGGAUAACGCGCUCGAAAACCGAGGUAAAAACAGACGCGGACGCGGAGGAGAUUUUCGAGGUGCGAGAACGCGAAGAGGCGAACGAAGAAGCGACGGCGAAAGACGCGAAGAAGAGUUCGAUCGCGCAGGAACUAUCGGAAACACCGGUGGUUCUGCGAAAAGCAGGUCAGACGCCUGUGCUGUUCGCUCGCGCUCGUCUGGGUCUUUCGGAAGGGAGUGGAAUCGGAGCGUUGCAGAGACAGGGCGCGACCCAGUCGCCGACCGCUCAGAGGAGAGCGAAAUCCUUGGACGCACCGGUGAUCGCGGUGCACAGACUUCCGCCGACGAACGCGUUCUCCAGCAAAGACGACACCGUCGACGUUUCGGAGAAUCCCGAGGAGCAGGAAGAAGGUAGGGAGCAACAGGAGAGUGCAGUUGUAUCGGCGAGGGUGCACUCCAUUCAGGCGGAGGUGUCGCCGAAUCACAGAUCGGACAGCACCGAUCACACCACCGUACCGGAGAUCUUCACCGACUCUCUGUCGGUGACGGAAACCUCGGCACAGUAUUUGGAGUCGCCUCUCACCGAGUGCAACGAGAUCACCGCGAGCGCGGACCUUAUUCCCUACGAAAAGGACAUCGUGCAGCCGGAAUCGGACGAGAAGGAGCAUAAGACGAUGCUGGAGACGGUGAGGGUGGACGAGAGAACGAAAUUCAUCGAUCAGAGUUCCGUGGAGUCCGGUGCCGAUCAAGAGGUACCGCUCGAUAAAACGGUCAGAGCGGAGAAGAUCGAUCUGCUUAGUAUUUCGAAGACCAUAGAAGGUUCCCUGCCGCGUACCAACGUCGAAACAUUUUCGGUCGCGAAGGAGGCAUCGCCGGAACGCGUCGUGAGCGCGACGGAUACGACUGGAAGAAUGUCCAUGGAGAGGGACGAUCUACCGGAUGUGACGGUAACCAGCGUGAACGUAGCUCGGGAAGAGGAUCAACCGCCUAGGCCGAUCGAUUUCGACGAGGGUCAAGAAAUGGUGAAAUCACCGAUCCAAAUUUCCAUCGAGGAAUGUUCCGACAUCGAGGACGACGGCGACGAGGAAGAAGAAGAGGAGGAGGAGGAGGAGGAGGAGGGCGAGGUGGUUCACAGUGACGAUCAGGAAGACGAUCAAGGGACACAGGAGCAAGAUGGCGACGACAAUCGUCCUCUGGACUCCGCAGACACUAGCGAGGAUACCUUAGACGCUCUCGACACCCAAGUCCAUAUGAGAGGCAUCGAUAGCGAGCUCAGUUCGCCGGAUUAUGGCGUCGACAAAAUGGACGAGAAAACUUUGGUAGAGGUCGAAUUGACGCCCGAGUAUUUGGAGAUGAGGAGAGAGGACGAGGACGGUGCCGAAGAGUUACCAGAGGACGAGGAGCCCGAAAGAGAAACGAGGACGAAGGAGUCGGCGGAGGGGACUGGAAAUCGUUUGUCCAUCGAGAAGAAGCUCAGGUUAAGCAGCGAACGUUCGAGAAGCGAAGAGACCAGUACUUGGACGCCGGAUCGCGAAGAUCCAGAGUCGAGUUCCUGUUCGAUUGCUCGACCGCUUGGUAUAGGGCAGAUUCAGCCGAUAGUGGAUCGUCGAGAAAUCGCUAGGGCGAAGAGUGGUCGAAGUUCGUUGGAAGAGGAGGGCGGUGCUCAAGUUGCAAGCAAACCAGAGUCGAGUUCGACCUGGAAACCGUUUCCCUUGGAGAGUUCCGGUAGUUCGAGCACGGAGGACGGUUGGCCAGCGCAGGACGAGAACAACGCCGCUCAGUCGCAGUCGGAGGACAGCAACGGACAGAACGAGGAUAGCUUUCAAGAGGAUCUCGCCGAUUUCCCUGGCAGUUUUAUCUACCCAACGGGCCCGGAUAUUUUAACCAGUUGCGGCACGUUCGCGUUGACGCGAACCCUCUCGAGGAUAUCCGAGAGGUCCACCACUUCGGAGCAAGACAAGAGCGACCUCGAGGACUCGUUCAAGCCCAGCUCGAGGUCUCCGAGCUUGGACGACGAGUCGUUGAUGUCCAGCGACCAUCAACCCUCUCUAUCUUCCGAUCCGCCGUCCGGUACCGCUAUCCCUUCCGUUUCGGACGAUCGGCGCACCUCCUCCGAACUCCCAGACAUUCCGAUAGACGUGGUAGGCAUGGGACAGGAAGAAGACUUGAGAUCUCCGAAAUCACCUGGCAGAUCGAAGCUGCAGACUCAGAGCUCAGAAGAUUGGCCGUCGCCACCUAGUUCGCCGGUCUUCGACCCACCCGUGGUUAGCCACGUGGAGACCUUCUACAUGGAGAUCAAGCCCGAGGAAGCGGUGAAAGUGACGGUGACCGAUAGCACGGAGACACCUGGCCGAUUCGAUCACGACAGCGACUCCAGCGACGAGAACAGAACGCUUCACGACGAUUUGCACUCCACCUUCCUGGAGGACGGGCAAAGUUCUACCUCCGCGACUACCGUCGACGGUACCGUGAAAAUAGCGGUGAAACCAAAGUCGAACUCUUACAUCACCGGUUCGUCGCACAGCGAGGACACAUCUAUGGGCUUGUCCAUGUCCGAAUGGUCCAGCUCGAACAACACGGUGCGCCAGUUUUGCCAGUACUCCGGCACCAAGUCCGACGACAAUUCUCUGGCGGAGCUGGGUGCCUCGAUAUCGGACUGGUCGGGCAGCACCACCGUCGUGCCUCAACAGUAUUACUCUUCGGUGGCCGGGGACAAGAGUCAAAGCGACACGACCACUACCUCGGACAAGAGCGUCACCAGCACCAGGUCGAAUUCAAAACGCAGAACAACCGACGUCUCUCCUCCGACUUCUUCGUCGCCCCCCUUACCACCUCCACCGCCUCCCACGCUUCCCGACCAGCAGGAAGCAUUAGACGACGAUCCGUCGUCGAGGGAGGAUCAGUCGUCCCGGGACGAACAAUUGGACGAAGCAAGGAGGUUCAUCGAGAGCCAGUUCGACGAACAGCGUCGCGUGGUGACGCGACGCAGCGAGCCGGAUCAGGAAGUUAUCGCGAAAUCUUACACCGACGUGUCGCCUCCACGGAUCACUCUGCGGAACGAAUUCGACGAAGCGAUCGACGACGAUUUUCGGGCGAUGUCCGACGACGGCGACGCGCCCCUACCGAUCCUGCAGGAAGAGGAGGAGCUCGACGAGCAAGAGGAACGCGCGCGAGAGGAAGAGGAUCGUUUGUACGACAACGUGCCGGCGAUGAAGUACUCGAGCAGCGAUCAGAUUCGCAUGGAGGUGGCGCGAGGAGACAGCUCCGAGGACAUGCACGAAAAGUAUGCCGACCUUGCGUUGACCUCUCGAACGACAGGCGACGACGAUUGGUCGUUCGAGGAGGAACGGGAAACGAUGUUAGAGAAGGAGAAACCUCGCUCGAGCUCGAAGUUCGAGCGAGGUUUCUCCGAGCCGAUGGAAACGAUCAGGUACCACGAGACCAGGUCCACCGAGCGACCCGUGAUCGUUCCCAUCCGUGCGAAAUCCACCCCGUACUAUUCGACCACAAGUCUCAGCGGCGAGUCCACCACCUCCAGCCCCCCGAUGCAAAUCAGAACGCAGAUACGAACGAAAACGAUGUCGUACUCGUCGAGCAGAAGCCCCCAGAGCGAGGGGGACACCUCGUCGAGCAUGGACAGUCCCGUUCACACGCCGGUUCGCGGUCAAAUCGCGGUUCGACGACGAAGGCGGGAGAACCUGAAGAGACGCCAUCGAGUGAUGGUCGAUCUCGAGGUGAAGGACGGUCAGAUCAUAUCUAGCACCGAUUCGAGCUUCGACGUGGCCACCAUACCACCGCCUUUGCUCGUCGAGCGUCCGAGUCCCGACGUCGACGACGACGAGGACGACGAGGAGGAGUACUCGGAAACGAAAGAGGAGCAGAAUCGACGCCAACAGCAGCGUUGACGCGACUUUCGCGUCGACCAGCGAAACGCGUGACAUCCACGCGUCGUUCGACGGAAAAGAGGAGAUAUCAAAAAACCUAUCGAAUCUGUCGCGCCAGCCGAUAUAUAAUUAGUACCUUUGUUACUCGUUUUAGAAUAUUCGAUCGAAUUUCAUAUACGAUUGCUGGGAUCCGGCAACACGCGUCAAUAGGAAAGAAGGAAGCGACGGCUACACUCGUUAACGAUAAAUAGAGUAGGGAAUAUAAGAAGAUAGCCGUAACGAUGAAAAAAAAAAGAUCUCGAGAUCGAUUUACCUCUGGGGAGAGGGAAAGGGAGAAGGCGGUGAAAAGGGAUGCUGCUUGAAUUUCAUGAGAAGGACAAUCAUUGUUGGAAGUAAGCGAUAGCAUCGUGGGGUCGAAAGAAAGAAAAUGCGAACAGGGUGGAAAAGAGGAAUUGUCUGUUUUCUGAUUCGAGAAUCGAACGGUUGAUAGGUUGAUAGGCGGUCGGGUAUGAUUUCGUCAUAGUUUAGUUCGUGGUCUCGUGUUUUAGGACGGAGGACAAGUUGCUCAACGUAGGUACUUAAUUAAAGACGAUUGCCGCGCGAUUUUGUUGAAUAUACGCGCGGGUAUAUCGUUGUGGAAUUGCGAAUCAUGGUGCGAGUGGCGGUCGAAACGGAACGCGCGGAAUAUAUCACGGUAGGUUUAAUGAAACGUUCGUUUAUCGAAAGAUCGAAUCGCGAUCGAUCCGCAGCGUUCGUCUUCUUCGCUUUUUCUCCCGACGAGUAGGGGCUCUCUACGCGGUCCGUCGUCCGAACGAGGAAAAUAUUCGUUAUCUUCAUCUUUGUCUCCUCGGUUCUCACUCUUCUUCUUCUCGUUCACGAAUAUUUCGUGAAUUAUUCAACGAAUAGCGGUUUUUAAUCGACGAUGAUCGCGAAUAAAUCCGCGUCCCUGGAGAACGUAUCGAAGCGAGGAGAUGUCUUCCUGGACGAUCGAGGUCAGACCUUUCUCAAGGUUUCCAUCAUCGUAACGGGGCAGGGUUGUUGUUACGAUAGUCAAGUCAAUUAUAAAGUUUCGUCGAUCGAUGAAAGUAAUCCCAGACGCUGCUUGCUUUAAAAAUACCGAUUACCUUGAAACAAAGGAAGGAGCCCGGCCUCGACGUUACUAAUUCCCGUUGGCAUCUACUUUUUCUCCGCAUCUUUCAAAGCGAAUUUAUUCGCGGUGAUCGAAGGACAAACACGCGACUCGACGAGAAACAAUGAAAUUGCGAUUGGUUUCGAGUCUCCGUGCUUUCCGCGCGCAUCGCGUUAGCUGUCACUUCAUUUUCGUGCCUUCUAUCCACCAGUUCCGACAAGGGUUACCCGAUAAAAUCGAUCCCGGCUAAAUUUGUCGAUCGAUCGUUGUUAAUAUAACAACGAGUUUACGAGAGAGAAAAAAAAAACGGAGGGUUGGGUUAAAGCGACGUUAAAGCGCGCGUUCGUUAGUCGAAGCGUAAGGGGGUUCGAUUAAAAAUAAUUUCCCUCGUUGCUCGCGUUUGAAACCUCGUCGAGAACCUUGAUUACGCCAGCUCGUUUUCUCCUCCAUGGAAACGAAUUUCUUCGUUUUCGUCGAAUUUUCAUUUACGACGGCACCGUCGAGAGACGCGCCAUCGAAAGCAAUAAUAAUUAAAACGUAUAUAUCCGUAAGACGCUGAUAGGCUGCGAGUGAACGGUCGACGGAGGCAAGGCUAGUGUACUUCGAAACGCUACGAAACUUAGAAAAAGCUACAAAAUUACGCGAUGCAGGGGGUAGAAUCGCGAAGGAAAGACGAAUCGUUGGGAUUUUUCGAAAACGAGACGAUUUCACCGUCCGACCGUCACGCUUCCUCUCGCUCGUCCCUCCGAUUUUACGCUUAACGUAUCACUCUGGUUUACAAACUAGCGACACACACAGACACACACGAUGGUGUAUAUAUAGUUGAGAAAGAUUUUUCCCUUACAACGACGCGACGUUUGAAUAUUUGACGAAGAAAGCGUGCCGGUCAGAGGGUGGAGACUGAGUUCAACCCUUUCCCUGCGGCGUAUACUCGGAGAUUGAUCGAUGAAUAAUUUCCUCGUUACUCGAUUCAAAAUUCUCAGGAGAAAUUCGCGUUUCGUCGACUCUCACGGGGGUCACCGAUUCAAUUUAACCCUUUCAUGCAGGAUUUUUUCUAAAUUUCACUCGUGUAAAGGGUUUUCAGGGUCGCUAAUUACGAAUCUGAAAUUAGAUUUUCAAAAUUUAAAUACAAGGGAAAUGGUUGAGUUAAGGGAUUCUUGUCUCGAAUCGUAGAUGAAAAGCGCAAGCGGAGAGACAGGAAGCGCGUGUACAUACAUAAUCGAGACGGAAGUUGGGGCGCGCGGCUGGAUUUCCUGCAAAGAGGAGGAACGAAGCGCGUCGUGUUCGAUGCUGUCCGCCGUUGCAAUCACGGACGGACGAUCGUUGAUAAUCACGUUAUCGUUGAAAAAAAAAAUUAAUCGUUAAUCACCACCGUGACCCAUUAAUCACCCCCCCCCCCCCCCCCUCCCUUAGUCAUUGUUACGCUAUUAACGCUACACUUAAUCGAUUACAAGGUUACCGUUACUACAUCCGUAGAGGAGCGCAGUUAAGGUUAUACGAAAUGAAAAAGAAAUGAAACUAAACUACGUAUCGAAAGUUAUAGUAGUAGGUAACGAAGAAGAGAGAAUAAAUAUAAUAUAUGAAAUUAGAAGGGCGACUGGCGAGUACCGAUCGCACGAUGCCGAGGGUUCAAGUCGGUUUUUUCACCGGCGAGUAAACGACAUUCAUUUCAUUCCGAUAGAUCGACGACGAACUCUCAAACGAUUAGAUCGUUCGAAUUUCGUUUGCAUCGGAUUCGAUCCGCGAAACCGUAGUUAGUUUCUCUGGAUCUCUUCGGUUUUGCAUGCGCAUCACUGAUCGGCAGGGAUCACGAUACGAUUGAACGAGCAUAAAACGAUCAAAUUUAUCACUACGUCAUUAAUACUUUCCCCCGGGGAAAGAUCCAGAGGUACGGUUCUGCCGAUCGUCUCCGAUCGAAAGGCCUUUCUAAAAGAAAAUACGAAGCGAAAUAGGAAAAAGAAAAAAGAGUAUCGUCGUAUCCUCGAUCUAUCCGUAACGAGUUCCUGUAUCGGUUUAAUUCUUGACUUAUCCUCGUCUUGCAUUUGUGCAUUGUCAGUCCUGUCCUGCCAUCGAUAUUACUACACACGCACGCGUCUCCUCGAGCACUGUUCUUUUUGUAUCCCUUACGUUCUUGGUUUCUCUGUUUCUUCGUGUGUCAUCGUAUCAACUGUCCCCCCAAUCACCUUCGCUCAUACAUUUCUCUUCUCUUCUAUUUGUUUUCUCGCUCUCCUAUUUAUUUCUUCUUCUUAUUAUUGUUCGUUAUCUAUUUCGUACGCGUGCGUGUUGCUUGAUUAUGCAACGCGUAUGUGCAGCCUCGUGAUAUCGUUGCGCUCGAAGUUUUCGGAUCCGUCUAAAUGGAACAGAGCCCAAAAAAAUGGCCCGUUUAUCAAACCGAGCCAGUUAAAAUUUCAGCCGUUCGAUCCGCGUUCGAUCAGCUUCUACUCGUCGAGGGGGUGUAACGCGGAUCGGACGCUUCCAUCGUUUCUCGUCCAUAUGCAACCUGCAAAUAUAUCCUCACCGUUCAACGAGACAGAGACUGUUUUAAUUUAACAAGCGAAAACCUCGAGCUCGACGCGAGGCUGAUAGAGUUGAUCGGUUUUGUAUCGAAGUUAGCAAAACGACUGAGAACAUUUGAUUCGUUACGAUAUGAACGAUACGUGUAUUAUAUGCCAGUUGUAUACGCUAAGGGUGUAUAUGUAUUUGCAUAUAAUAUAUGUAUACAUACAUACUUAUAUAUAUAUAUAUAUAUAUAUAUUUAUAUUUAAUUAUAGACAUAAGAGAUAUAGUAUGCAAGGGUCGUGAUACCUGCAAUAGGGAUCAAGGUAUUAGACGUAAAACAUGUGCGGAUAACUUGUACGGUUAUGCGAGUUCCCGGUUGCAGCACGAACACGUUACCGUUUCUUUUACCAUUUUUCGGAUGAAGUUCCUUUUAGCACCCCCCUUCAAUUGACUUCAAAAUCCUCAGGCAAACUUCUCGUGCACCAUCUUACUCUUCUAGACAACAACGAGAUUUUUAAUUUGAGAGUGCAUUUUUUCGGUCGCCAUCUCAUUUGCUUUCUCAGUUGCAACUCUACGAACCAAUAUCAAAAAUAUCGAGUAAAUCCUGUUAGGUGUUAGGUUUUAUUUACUCAUUUUGCUGUAGAAUCCUCCCCCAAAAAAAAAAUUUCCGCUCCUCCACAUUAUUGCUUUUUUGAAAAGUUUGCCUGGUAAUUUUCGAGUCAAUUGGAGGGGGGUGCUAAAAGGUACCCUUACCCAAUUUUCUCGCGUUUCACGCGCGUACGGCACGACGCUCGAAUGAUACAAUCCGGGGUGGAGGGUUUUUCCUUUUCGACUUCCCGUACCGAGACCGGAAGCCGGUUUGUAACGACGCGACGACGGCUGGAAACGGUUCUUACGUUAUACUCUACGUGUGCUUUU